UAUUUCGGCAAAAAGUCUGUCUUGUGCCACCAACGCGGAACAUCAGGUCAAAAGAAUUAAGAAUAAGAAGCGCGGUUUGUUUUGCCUCCAACUCGGCCCCGAGCUUGAUACUCGAUGCAAAGGAGAGAAAUCGCAAGUCAACUGUGACAUCAAGAUCAAGAUGAAAAUUAAACAAAACCCAGCCACGCAGUGAUCAACAACCAUCCCUCAAUAACUACCGUACCACUGACGGGGCUCCAGAGGCAGUGGUCCCACCAGUCCCCGAAAAACUCCAGAAGAAGAAGAAGAAGAGCAGCUGCCACUGGUGGGACUCUGGAGGCCGUUGUCCCACAGCCUAACUAGCGGGCCUAAAACACCCCAGAGGAAGAAGAAUGCUUUCAAAAACUAGGAAACAAACAACUUCCGCUAGCAUUUAACACUGAAGGGGCUCUGGAGGCCGUGGUCCCACAGCCCAACUAGCCCCUAAAACAUCCCAGAGGAAAUGAUGGACAUCGCUGCAGGGAGACUGACCCGACAGGACUAUCUCGUCGAAUUGAACAACUUUAUUAUGUCAUCCAAUUCAGUUAUAAGACGGUUCACAGAAGACAUCGGCUGGGCAAGUCCCCCAGCCAGCAACACCAACAUGACACACCUCCUGGCAGAGGUGCAGAGCCAGCUGAUGAAAACCCCCGAGCCUGAGGGCAUCAAUGAGUACAGUGAGGAGCCUCUGCUUCCUUCAGCUGCAUCAUCACCAUCCAUCUUUUCUGUUAGGAUUGAUACUGAAACACAAAGGAAUCUUCUGCUUCCAUAUAAAAAAAAUGCACUACCUGACCUGCGUCCACCACCAACCUCGGCGGGGGAGCUAACUGCUAAUUUCACCAGGGAAGAGAGGCUCACCCUUUAUGAAUACACCCUGAAAAAUGCUGCCCCUGUGGCAGUACCUUCAGAGCUACUUCCAGUGGAAGUGGCUAAUUCUGAAAGUCAGCCCAAAGAGCUGUCAGAACUUGAGCUGAAGAAAGCCAUGAGAGACUUCAAGAGACGCCGCCAAGCCUACAGAACCAAAGUAUCUACCAAAAACAAGAGUCAGAUUGAGAUCACUCGAGAAAUCAUUCACAGCAUGAUGGGUUUGUUUGGUGGUGACGAACCAGUCUUGCCUGGCACUCCAAAUGUUUCUGCACCAACAUGCAGCCCAGAUGGUGGUAGUGAUUCACACAGUUUGGAUAAGCAAGCAAGAUCUGCAGCUUCAACACACAACCUUGACAUAAACUCUAAAAGGGUGAGAGAUGUACGUUACUCAAAAUGGCAAGUACAUCGAAUGAAGAGGAAGGAGCAAGAAAGUCACAAAAGCAGAAAUUCAGAUGAUACACUAAAAGAUGAAGAAUAUAGUAAUACAUGUUCUGAACAGGGUUUAUAUUCAUUAAAAUAUGAAAAGAAGUUUAGGACAAUAGAUAUGAAAGAUAAUAUAAAAAAUGAAGGUAAUGAAGGUGACUGGCCUUAUGACAAAUACCAGUCAAGACACAAAAAUAAGCAUACUAGUAGGAAAUCAAAUCAGAGCAGAGAAAGGAAAAGAAUGAAAAGUGGAAGUGAAUCAGAAGCCAGGCACAAUGAGUACAGAGAAGUUAAAAGGGAUAGAGAGGGAUGUGUUAUAGAGAAGCAUGAAGACAUGAGAGGACAUUACAGAGAGUCGUCUUCAGGUAAUUCUCAGAAGAGAGAAAGAAGUAAGAGAGAUCAUAAACAUGAGCACCACAGCAGCAGAGAGAACAGUAAAGGUAGCAGGAAUAAUGAAUCAAAGGGAUGCUGACAUAGUUAAGAUAAAGGAUUAUUUGGCUCUGACUAAAGAAUUAGACCUAAAUAUAGUAAAAAUUGUUUCACAAGGACAAUAAUGCAGCAAUAAAUAUUUACCACAACUAUUACGAAAACGUCUUUGCAUCCAACAGUUCAUUCUGUCAGUUACACCUCAUCAGAUAUCCAAAUAUCACCAUAAAGCUGUCAAUGAACCAGUCAAUAUGACUGGCCUGUACUUCUUAGCUUCUUUCCUGUGAACACAGGACUGAGGCAGGGCUGUUUCCUUGCACCAUCACUUUUCAACAUUGUAUGGACAGGUUACCAGGCAUAGUUGUGGAUCAGAGUCUUUGUGGACCAUCUGAUGCCAAUACCAUUGUUCUGUAUGUUGUGUAUGUUUUUUUUUUGUUUGUUUGUUUCCACAUGAAAAGUCGUUACAAAGGCCUAACCUGGGAGAAAUCCUAAGUCAUCUAUGAGUGUGACAUCAAGAUUAAGAUCAGCUGGUCAGAACGUAAACAAUCAAUCUUUCUCGAGGUACACUUUUCGACACCUUCAGCCCCAACACGGCCUUCCAAGCCCUUAAGUGCACGCAAACCUUCCUGCAGAAGUCGGGGCAACUCGACAGGAUCUAACCCCCACCCUGGUGACAGAACGACAAACUAAAACAACACCUGAUACCAACUACCACUGACAGCCUGACUAGCCUCAUAAAACACCCAAGAAAAAGAAGAGGUACUCUUUUCACGUGUGCUUGAUAUUGGAGACUACUCAAUUAACACGCCGAUAAUACAAGAGAGUGUUUGCCCUGAGGGAGUAGCCUAAACCACUACAAAGGCUGUAGUUAGGACCGAAAGGGAAAACUAACUCCCGAACUAAGAGCAAGACCAUCCUAUGCGAGGUCAGGUCAGGUCAUAUGUUGUUGCUCAAAUAUUUAUUGGAUUUUAGACACCAUCCCCAAGGCAAUCCCAUUAAACUAAGUGACAUAAUAGUGAGCACCAGCACUAUGCAAGGAAUGGUAAAAAGUGCCAUGAAAGGGCUGGAGUAGACUGGAAAUUAGUGGGAGAAUAGACCCACGCUGCCCUCCGAAGCCGAUGUGAAUGAGUGUAGGACAUUUUCCCCCUGACAUAUUUCCCCUUGGACGUUAUCCCCUCCGGACAUUUCCCCUCCCUCUGUAUAAGUUACUCAGCUGCCCCGGUGUGGUGUCAUCUGCCAUCCGUUGUCGUGAGACAUCCCAUCCUGAACUUCACAUCAUGGAUCCCAAUCUUUACUAUCACAGAGUAACUAAGUGAAGCAUCUGAGUGUAAAAAAGUACCAAGGAGGACCUAAAAUGUGAUGCAAAGCUGAACAGGUCACAAGAAGAAGAAGAGUAAUUGUUGCUAUCCUGGUUAUAUAUAUACAUACGUCAUCAUUUGCAUUUAUAAUAACAUAAAUAAACUUGGGUGGGACAGGUCCCAACAACCAGUUGACAAUAGACACUGCUCAUGUACUAUGUAUUCAGGAUAGGAUGUCUUGCGAUAUACGGGAUGUCUGACGACACCACACCGGUGCUAGUUUUAAGUUUUGGGAUGGUAGUCUGUAUACUCAGACAGUUGGCACCAGGUCUCUGUACAACCCAUUCCCAGCCCUCACACAACAUGGAGGUUAUCAAACAAGUAUGGGUGGAGAUAAAAUUUGUUACGAAGGCUACAUGUACAUGAAGAAAGAGACGGAAAAGACACACAUUCAAUGGGAGUGUACACAACAGAAGACCAGACCAUGUAAGGCUGCAUUAACAACAAGCUUAACCUGGUAGCAGCGAUGGGCCAAAUUUGUGGCUUUACCGUGUAGCAGUGACGGGCCAAAUUUGUGGCUUUACCGUGUAGAAGUGACGGGCCAAAUUUGUGGCUUUACCAUGUAGCAGUGACAGGCCAAAUUUGUGCCAUCAUAUAACCCCCCAAAAAUAGAUGAUACAUAAUCUGAUCACAAAUGCUUUGAUAUAUAUGAAAUGGUUUGUGUGAGGGAUGACUUUUUCUCAUUUUUCUUGCUUGGAGGGACCAUUAAGAAACAUGAUCCUCGCUGCUACUGGGUUAAGUCUGGAUGAUGUGAAAGUAACUCUGCCCCACAGCCAUGUAGUUAACGAGUUUUCAAUUGUUCUAUUUCUUGGUAGCUCAAUUUCGAAGCCGAGAAGGUGCGAUUCGGUAUUCAUGAAAGAGCAAAAACAUGAAAAAAGAGUACAAACUGCAUACUUGCCAAAGCCAUUCAAGAAACAUCAGGACCUGUAACAAUACAUCCAGGUAGACGUGAAUUAGUUGGCAACAAGCAUCCAUCUCUGUGGACAUUCAUUGAUGCUUUAAGGAAGGACUGUUCGUUAGUGUCCUUUGCCUCACUUCAAGAAGAGUGUGGUCAACCACCAAAAAACGUGUUAAAUGGUUUACAAAACAUCUGCAUAGCUAGAAGAGAUGGAAAAAAGCGUGUACAACAAACCUUGAGGGCUGUUGGUUACUGUAUCAGACCCUAAAUAUGACAAGUGUGACAUACGUGUAUAGAACAUUUUAAGUUUUCGAGUUUUAAAAAAUUUUUCACAGUAUUCGACCGUACAUAUUAAUGUACUAUAGACUAUUUUAAGUUUUCGAGUUUGCUCAGUUUUUAUAUGCAGUAUUCGACCCUACAUAUAAAUGUAUGGAAUAUUUUAAGUUUUAAUGUUUUAUCUGGCUGCAUCUGGACCACAGAGUCACAUACUUGCACUUAUUUCCCUUCAACUGAACAAAAGCUCAGAAAAUAAGGAACACAACAUUUCACUCUCCAACACAGAACAAAUUCAUAUUGAUAUGGUGAUACGGUGGCAACCCCAAAAUUUUCUCUAGCCUGUCUUGACUGACAGCCAUUGCCCGCUGGUGGUGGAGGUAGGAGGAAGGGGAGAGGGGCGUUAUGUCAUGUAUUUUACAGGUAUUUUAGAACGACCUUUGACAAAUACAUAAUUUUACAGACUGGUCUUGAGAUUGACUGAAGAAUGCCCUCAUUACAAUUUUAAAACACUGAUUUAUAUCUGCGUGACCACUGAGACAGCCAGAUAUGGAACGAAUGGCAUUCUGUAUUGGUUCAAAAUGGAAUGCAACAUGUCACUCUUCAAUACAGAAUGAAUCCAUAUUUUAAGGAAUGGGUGGCAAUGAAAUGUCCCAUUAUAAUUUUAUUUGCCACUUUACCAGUUUCAAGAGAGAUGUCACGUCAGCACCUGUCACACCCUCACUAUUUGAGUGACAAUAAGUUACCAUUAUAGCAGCAACAGGUUCUUAUCCCUAGCAGCAAUAGGCUAUGCUGGGAUCACACAUCUGCAAUUUUGCCUCUGCAAAUUACUGCGAUACUGAAAAUGUGAAAAAAGUGGUGAAAUUGCAAUCUACUAUGCUCUCGCUGCGACAAUCGUAACUGGAAUCGCAGAGAGUCUUUCUGAAGCGUAGCAGUGAUGCAGUAGUUUGAAGGGUUAAAACAGUCACCCUUUAAGGCACAGGCUAUAUGUAGAUGCUCUCCCAGCAGGAAAGAAGGAUGAUGAUAGGCAGAUGAGGAGGAGUUUGGCCAGGCAGGGUUUCAGUGUGGAAGCACAGUUUUUAAAGACAUAGGAAGAACUCCAUCAGGACCAUAAGCCUUCAGAUGAUUUAGGCCAGAGACGGCAUAAAAGCACUUCAUUAAUAACUCAUCUCUCAUAUACCAGGAAGUGGCAUCAGCCACACUGCAGGGAGCACAGUGCCAGGCUACAGCACUUGACUGUGUUGGUACAGCCACUACUGAUGGUGGUGCUCGUGCUGAAGUGAUAGUCCAAGGUGGAGAGCAGUGCCAGACUACAGCACACUACCCUUUGUGUCCCGACAGCCUUCAAUGGUUCUGGUACUGAAGUGAAUGUGUGAGGCAGGAACAGUGCCUGGAAACUGAAUAUAACUCUUUGUGUCCCAAAGGCCUCCACUAGUGCUGGUGCAGAGGUGGAUGCCUGAGGUGGGAACACCUGGAGACAGCACAAUACUUAUUGUGUCCCAUUGGCCUCCACUGGUGUUGGUGCCGAAGUGAACAUUUUAGGUGGAGACACAGUGCCAGGAGGCAGCAUUUGACUCUGUGUUUCAAGGCCAUCACUGGUGCUGGUGCUGAGGUGAGGGUCUGAAGCAGGGUGCACAGCAGCAGGGUACAGCACAUUCCUCAUUAGUUGUGACAGUCCCCACUAGUGCCAGUUCUUGUUCUGAAGUGAGGGUCCAAGAUGGAGCACAGCACCAGGUAACAGUACACGACUUCGUCCACUGGUGAUGCUGCUGUGCGGGUCUGAGGCUUUAUUUAGUGUUCUCUUUGUCCUAUUUGGCUCUGGCUUCAGGACUCCUUGGUGCAUCCCUCACCUUGCCUGCUCACUUGGUCCCUGAGUGUGGCAUUCAGGGAACUUUGUUGCCCUCCCCAACCUCCCUGAGGUGAGACCAGAGCAGCCAACUCUUCACAUCUAGAGUAUUGUUGCAGUGGAGGCUGCAAGGCUGGACAGCAGCCUGAGUGACCACUUCCACGAGGGGUAAACUUCUAUUGGGGUGAGUAUCUGGAGUGAUCAGAAGAAGCACCACCACCAUGCUGCUGGCAUCUCCAGCCAUGAAAUAAAGGGAAAGUUUAGGUAUCAGAUGCGUGAGAAGAUAUAAGAUUGAGAGUAAGUUCACUUGAUAUACCUUUGCAUACACAUAAGAAAGAAAUCAUGAGUACCAAUAGUGUGGAAAUAGACUCAACAAAUACACCCACACACUCUGGUGAAAAAAGUCAUGAAUGCGCUGAGUGUGGCAAAAAGUUCAGUAAAAAGAGUCACCUCAAAUCACACACCCUGACACACACUGAUGAAAGAAACCUUGAAUGUGAAAUUUGUGGAACAAGAUUCAAGCACAAAGGUGACCUCAACAAGCAUACUCUUUUACACAUUGGUGUAAGAAAUCAUGAAUGUGAAGUUUGUGGGAAAAGAUUUAGCAGGAAGUAUCACCUUAGCAAACACACACUUGUACAUACUGGUGAAAAAAAUCAUGAAUGUGAAGUUUGUGGAAAAAGCUUCCGUCUGAAGGAUCAACUCAGGACACACUUCCUUAUACACACUGGUGAAAAAAAUCAUGAAUGUGAAAUUUGUGGAAAAAGAUUCCCACUUAAGAGUACCCUUAAAAUACACACCCUUAUACACACUGGUUUAAGAAAUCAUGAAUGUGUAAUUUGUGGAAAAAAAUUUGUCCUCAAGAGUUACCUUAAUGCACACUCCCUUACACACACCAUUGUAAAUAACUAUGACUGUGAAGUUUGCGGGAAAAAAUUCAAGACCAAGAGGGAACUUAAUACACAUGCUUAUGCACACACUGUUGACAGAAGUUAUGAAUGUGAAGUUUGUGGGAAAAGCUACCGUUUCAAGGAUUCCCUUAACAAACACUUCCUUACACACACUGGUGAAAAAAAACAUGAAUGCCAAGAGUGUGGAAAAAGGUUUAGAUUGAAGAAUUCGUUGAACAAUCACAUCUUCCGACACUCUGGCCUGAGAUCGUUCAAGUGUGAUGUUUGUGACAAAUAUUUCAAGACAAAGGGAGACAUUGCCAGACACAUGAAGAUCCACUUCUGAGGUGCUGGUGCUGCUGAUGAGUGUGGGGAUUGUAGAUGUUGUUGUUGUUGGUGAUGGAAGAGGACAGUGUCUGGCAAAGAGAACAAAAACAAACGCAUGUUGCAACUGUUAUAUCUCUGCGCCUCUUCCCCAUAUUAUAUUGAUAGAAGUUAAUUUUUAUGUUAGUCUUAAAAGUUGUAUGUGGGAGAGAAAAUUAAUGCAAGUUGUACAUAUUACUGGGUGAACAAAUGUCAGUACAAUCUAAUUCAGUAUUAUUCAAAUAUAUUGCAUGAUCUCAAUAUAUAUUCAUAUACAUAUAUAUUUUAGUAUGUUAAGUGUAGUAUUAAGUGAAAAGAUAUACAUUUUUAGUAGGUUAAGUGCAGUAUUGAAUCAAAAGGAUAUAUAUUUUUAGUAUGUUAAGUGCAGUAUUAAGUCAAAAGGGUAUAACAUUAUAUUGUUUUGUAUUUGUAUCUAGCCAUAGGUAUUUAUAUUCUUUUGUACUUAAUAUUUAUAUUUUUGCAUAUAUGUAACAUUGGCUGGGAGGGAAUAUUAUUAUUCAUUUACUACUCUGUAUGUGUUGUGAUAUUUUGUGCUGUGCUGUGUGUGUGUGUAUUUACCUAGUUUACAUAGUUGUAGUUUUACAGGGCCUGGGCUUACGCUCGUGUGGUCCCGUUUCCGUAUCUGUUUGUCCAACUUUUCCUUAAAGUUUUGCACACUCUUCGCCGAUACUACAUCCUCACUUAGUCUGUUCCAAACCACUGUAUUUCUUUGAGGGAAGCUAUAUUUUUUUAUGUCUCUCGAGCAUCUUCCCUUCCUCAAUUUUUUACUGUGUCCUCUUGAGUUCCUGGUGUUUAUUCCUUCUCUUAGUAGUAACUCCUCAUUAUCUACUUCUUCCAUUUUACUCAAUAAUUUAUAAAUUUGUAUUAGGUCUCCCCUUUCUCUUCUUUGUUCCAGUGUUGGUAGGUCCAUUUCCUUUAAUCUCUCCGUGUGUGUGUGUGCUUUAAAAAUCUAUAUUGUUUACUGUUAUGUAAUAUUGUAUUUAUGAUUUACUACUAUUAUUGAAAAAUACUGGAGACCCUGUGGAGCACCUUUGGGUGGAAUGGGGCCUGUAAACCCAAUUAAGAAUAAAAGAAUAAAGAUGCCACAGACUGAAAAUGAGUGGCACCUCAUUCAAGCUCA